UGCUCAUACGUCCCAUGUUCAUGUUAAUAACCCUCUGAGUCAUAGUAGGAGGCACACUAAUAUGCAUUAGCUUAUUACGCAGCCGUACCUUGGAUGCUAAGUACAAAAGUUUAAUGCCAUGUCUGCCAAUUACAUCUUGCAGUCUAUUAGUUUGUGUUGGUCACAAUACUCUUAUUAAUCACGAAGUGAUCUGUAUAGCUUUACCCAUUCUAGUCCUUUAUAAGUGAUCCAUAGCUUUACCUGUUCUAGUUUGUUAGUCACAGUAAUCUACUUCUCACACUCUGCUUCCUCCAAGCAGGCUGCCAUGGAAGGGACAAAUGUGUUGAUGAAGGUCUGAACAUGCAAAGAUCUCCCCACUCUUUUAAUCACACCAUCCUAUUAACCUUCCCUCCACUUUCCUUUCCACUCUUCUCCAUCCAAAUGUCAGCAUGCAAUUAGCCUGAGCACUACAUGAGGACAGUGUGGGUUGUCCCCUGGAUGAGUGCAAUAGUUGACUUAAAUAUUCUUAACAGUAAGCAUUUUUGCUCAGGGAAGGGAAAGUUAAGUGAUUUUUGGUAAUGUAUGUAAUUCAAGGUGACACUAUGGCUAUCCAAUAAACGUUUAAAAUAAUGGUGCAUUAGGAAGUUCACAAAAGAGUUAGAGGCAGUGUGGUAUAGUAGUUAAAAGUAUAGGACUGGGACUCAGACAAUCUGGAUUCUAGCCUCACUGGGUACUUUGAUAUACUGCUCAACAGCAUGUCUUCCAGAAUGGUUUACAAAAAAAGCAGUGCUAAAAAUAUAGACAAUUACAAUAUGAUAUCCUGCAACAAUUUCAUCAUUAAAAACAAUAAAAUAAACACAAUCACAAAGGGCCAUUGUAAAUAAAUGUAUCCCAAUUGUCAACCCACCAACCAUUUGUCCUUACUCCAGUGGCAUAUUAAUGGUGCCCACAUAAUCUCAACUCUGCUUAACACAAUAGUAAAAUUAAGUUUAAAUAAUUAAAUGAAUUCAAAUAAUAAGCAGAACAAAAUUAAAUACUAAUAAAUAAGAAUAAUAGAAUGCCUACAUCAUAAAAAUGGUCAUUCCACAGCAGUCACAAUUAGCAUAAAAUAUAAAGUAAAAAAAUUCUAACAAUUAAAGUGUUGAGAAAUAAAAGGUACUGGUUGGGUGCUGAAAAGUAUGGAGUGAUCUUAUUGUGAGGUUAUGAUCAAGAGGAUGAGGAGAAUUAUGUAAGCCACUUUGAAUUCCUAGGAAGGAGAAACGUUGGGUUAUCAAUAAAGUUUCUUAGACCUUGUUGACUUUGUUUCCUGUUUUUAUAUUAUGAUGAUGUCCAUAGAAUGACAGUGGCCCCAUUCACUGAUAGCCUUAACAAAUUACUAGCUGGGCAAUUGUUUCUCAGACCUUUUAAAUUUGAUCUUGUUCUGGUUCCUCCUUCGCCCAUACUAAUAAUUUGUUCUGCUUGUGAGCACACAGUCGUCUUUACCUGCAUUUGUGGGAAAUAAGUUUGCUGGAGCAUGCAAGGAUCUUGGGGCUGUGGCACAAAUCCAGCAAUUGCAUUGGAAGAAGAAUAGGAUAUUCUGCCCCUACUGUGAAACCAUACAUAUGGAUGGACACACUGUUAGUACUGAGCAAGCACUAUUGUGUUGGGAUAAUAGACCAUGUGGAGGAGCAUUUCCUCUUACAAAUCUAUUCUGGAUCAAUUAGGAUCCUGUGUAAAUAUAUGUUCAGUCCCUGAGAAUUAGCUGAUAGUGGGAUGGCCUCUGGAGCUUAUCCUUCCCUGGAACAUUGCACUUUUGUUCAAAUGCUUGGUGCCUUCUGGCACAGUUUGCAAACCACAGUACUAAUAAUGGUUUUUACCAAAUGUGAGACAUAGUUCUCUGUUUUCAAACAUACUGAAUGAAUUCAUUUCUUGAUUUUUCUCCAAGGCAACUUCUGCCACAUGUCCCAAUACAUAGAUUUCAAAAAUGCAUUCCUCUUUUUUCUGGUGCUAUGACGGUAAGUAUAUAUUUGACUAACAGGAAAAGCACUGACUAUUUUAAAAAAAACCUAUAAAACCCCCUCCACACACACAACCCAAUCAUGUUUAUAACCAAGUUGGUUAAAGCUUCCUUCCUGGUUACUAGAGCACUUCCUUUGCAUCUGCUUAUGAAGACAAGAAAAGCAGAACAGCUCACAUUAACAACUCUUCAUGUGAAUGGUUGUCAUUUUAAAGGCUUAAAAACUGUACAAAUGAGUCUUCUCCAGCACCUCAGUUUCUCGUUUGCAGUCAGAUUUCUUGAGGCAUGGACAGCAGUGAGCACCCUGUUGUUAUGAGAGACGACAACAAACGGAGGAGGAGGAGAAUGAAGCCACACUGUACGGCAAGCACUUUGUCUUCAACAGAACAGAUAACCAUUGAAUUUGUUCUACCCACAAGCAACAUGUUAAUAGAUGUCGCCAGUAACUGUACAGUAGAACAAAUGAAAGCACAGGUUUGGAUGCGAGCAAUAGAAAGGAACCAGACCUCAGAUUUCUACCAUAAAUUCACCCCUGAUCAAUUUGUACUUCAUUACCAAAAGAAGGGACAGUGGUAUGAAAUUUAUGAUAAACAUCAGAUAAUACAGACCCUUGACUGUAUAUUGUAUUGGAAGGUGUUACAAAAGAAGGUGGGGAAAAUUCAUGUGGUCCAAAAGCAAAAGCCCACAGAAGAAGCCCAGGAGUUUCAAAAGCAGCUCAAUUACUUGAUUGGCUAUGAUGUCACUGAUGUAAGUAACGUCCAUGAUGAUGAAUUGGAAUUUGUUCGUCGCAGGUUAGUCACUCCACGAACGAUUGAAGUAUCUUGUAGAGAUCCAAAAUUAUAUUCAAUGCAUCCUUGGACUACAUCUAAACCCCUUCCAGAGUAUUUGCUUACCAGAAUUAUUAAUAAUAACAUAUUUUUAAAUAUUCACAGAGGAACAACUAGCCAGAAGAUUAAAGUAGGUAUUGAUGACACUCCAAAUGUAAUCCUUCAGAGCUUUUUCACAAAAAUGGCGAAGAAGAAAUCUUUGAUGAACAUUCCUGAAGAUAACAGUGAGCUAGAUUUUGUGCUUAGGGUGAGUGGAAGAGAUGAGUAUAUUGUAGGAGAAACACCUAUCAAAAAUUUCCACUGGAUAAGGCAGUGCCUUAAGAAUGGGGAUGAAAUUCACCUGCUCUUGGAUGAACCACCUGACCCUAAUCAGGAUGAAGUACAAAAAGAAGAGUGGCCCUUAGUGGAUGAUUUCACUGGAGUUUCAGGCUAUCAUGAACAGCUGACCAUAGAUGGCAAAGAUCAUGAGAGAGUAUUCACUAUAUCACUGUGGGAUUGUAAUCGGAAAUUCAGGGUUAAAAUAAUUGGUAUUGAUAUUCCUGUUUUACCAAGGAACACUGACCUUACUGUAUUUGUGGAGGCUAAUAUUCAACAUGGGCAGCAGCUCCUUUCACAGAGAAGAACUACAGCUAAGCCAUUUACUCAGGAAGUCCUGUGGAAUGCUUGGCUUGAGUUUGAUGUCAAGAUUAAAGACUUGCCCAAAGGGGCACUGCUGAUGCUGCAGGUAUAUUGUGGCAAAACACCAGCAUCAUCCACAAAGGCUAACCUCCAGUCAAAUGAUCCUCCCACCUGUGAUCCUAAAUGCAAAACCCAGCUUCUCUAUUAUGUAAAUAUUUUGAUGAUAGAUCACCGUUCCCUGCUCCGGACUGGUGACUAUGUGCUUCAUAUGUGGAAAAUUCCAGGCAAAGGGGAAGAGCAGGGAAGCAUAAAUGCUGAUAAACUUACAUCAGCCACCAAUCCAGAUAAAGAGAACUCAAUGGCUAUUUCCAUUGUUCUUGACAAAUACUGUCAUCCAAUAGCCUUGCCUAAGCAUAAGAUAGCAUGUGAUCUACAAGGAGACAGGGUUAGAGCUGAAAUGCCCAACCAACUGCGCAAACAGCUUGAAGAGAUCAUAGCUACUGAUCUACUUAAUCCACUUACACCUGAAGACAAAGAAUUACUGUGGCAUUUCAGAUAUGAAAGUGUAAAGCACCCUAAGGCAUAUCCUAAGCUGCUUAGCUCAGUGAAAUGGGGACAACAAGAAAUAGUGGCUGAAACAUACCAGUUAUUCGCAAAAAAAGAUGCCUGGGAUCGCAGCACUUUGGAUGUUGGGUUGCCAAUGCAGCUUCUAGACUGCAACUUUGCUGACGAACAUGUGAGAGCUAUGGCAGUGCAAAAGCUGGAGAGUUUAGAAGAUGAUGAUGUUCUUCAUUAUCUCUUGCAGCUAGUUCAGGCUGUGAAAUUUGAGCCUUAUCAUGACAGUGCAUUAGCUCGAUUUCUUCUAAGACGAAGCUUAAAGAACAAAAGAAUUGGACACUUUUUGUUUUGGUUUUUGAGAAGUGAGAUUGCACAGUCCAUGCAUUAUCAGCAGAGAUUUGCUGUGAUCCUAGAAGCAUAUCUGAGAGGCUGUGGGAAAGCAAUGCUACAAGAUUUUAUGAAGCAGGUUCAAGUAACAGAGUUGUUGCAUCGAGUGACAAUGGAGAUAAAGUCUAUUUCUGCUGAAAAGUAUGAUGUCACUCCUCAAGUAAUCACACAGCUCAAACAGAAACUUGAGAAACUACAAGACAGCAAGUUUCCUGAGUGCUUUAGAGUUCCAUAUGACCCUGGCCUGAAAGCAGGGGCACUUGUGAUAGACAAGUGUAAAGUAAUGGCUUCCAAGAAGAAACCACUUUGGCUAGAAUUCAAAUGUGCAGAUCCUACAUCCUUAUCUAGUGAAACAAUUGGCAUCAUCUUCAAACAUGGGGAUGACUUGCGACAGGACAUGCUGAUUUUACAGAUACUUCGCAUAAUGGAGUCAAUCUGGGAAGAAGAAUCCUUGGAUUUAUAUUUGUUGCCAUAUGGCUGCAUUUCUACAGGAAAUAAAAUAGGAAUGAUUGAAAUUGUCAAAGAUGCCACAACAAUUGCCAAGAUUCAGCAAAGCACAGUUGGAAACACAGGAGCAUUUAAGGAUGAAAUACUAAAUCAGUGGCUAAAGGAGAAGUGUAUCAUUGAAGAAAAAUUUCAGGCAGCAGUGGACAGAUUUGUGUAUUCUUGUGCUGGUUACUGUGUGGCAACUUUUGUACUUGGAAUAGGAGACAGGCAUAAUGACAACAUCAUGAUUACAGAAUCAGGUAAUCUGUUUCAUAUUGAUUUUGGGCAUAUUCUUGGAAAUUAUAAAAGCUUCCUUGGAAUUAAUAAGGAAAGAGUUCCAUUUGUGUUAACACCAGAUUUUCUUUUUGUUAUGGGAACCUCUGGAAAGAAAACAAGCUUGCGCUUUCAAAAUUUUCAGGAGAUCUGUGUGAGAGCUUAUCUUGCUCUUAGGAAACAUACAGACCUUCUCAUCAUUCUAUUUUCCAUGAUGCUAAUGACUGGAAUGCCUCAACUGACUAGCAAAGAAGAUAUUGAAUAUAUCCGUGAUGCAUUGACGGUUGGCAAAAAUGAAGAGGCGGCUAAAAAGUAUUUCCUAGAUCAGAUAGAAGUUUGUCGAGAUAAAGGCUGGACUGUGCAGUUCAAUUGGUUUUUGCAUCUUGUCCUUGGAAUUAAACAAGGAGUAGAAAAACAUUCUGCCUAACUAUUGUGCAUACAGAUAACCAGCAAGGAAUGUGCUGCUCCUUUUGAUGGUUUUUAACUGGAAUGAUCUGAAAAGGCUUCCAGGGGCAUUGUGGCUGUCAAAAUGCAAAUUUCCUUGCAGCUGUCUGAGUUUUAAAGGUACUAAUACUGCAAAAUGAUAAUUUAAUAUAGGCAAUUUUUCCCCUAUUUACCACAGGUGAUAAGCUAAAGCAGUUUUUCCAACCUGGCACCAUCCAGAUGGUCUUGGACUGAAGCUUCCAGCCAAUAUAGCCAUUUGCCUUGCUAGCUGGGAAUGCUGGGAAUUGCAUUUCAACACACCUGGAGGGUACCAGGUUGGAGAAAAGCUGAGCUAAACAAAAUUUAGAUGACAGCACUGAGAAGGCAGUUUGUCGGCCUCUUGUUUUGUUGGCUAAAUAAUGUAAAUCUUAGGGAGGAUGGAUCUCCUUAAGAGUCAGAAAAAAAAUAUUAAAACAGUAUUUUUGUUCUUUCUCCUUAAGCCAUGUAGAGUGCUAUGCUAUGCAAGUUAGCCAGUAAAAAGGCCUAAAACUCCCAAUGUGCUCCAGCCAGUAAAGGCCUUUUUUGUCUAAUCUUGUAUAGGAUUGUGACUUUAAUUGUCUUAAGGUCUUCAGUAAUACAUUGUUGCCUUUUCAAAAUUGCACUUUUAGGAUGUUUCCCUGGUUUCAUAAUUCAUUCCUUUUUAUUGAUUUGCUUAUUUAAUCUCUAUAUCACCCAAUAGCCAAGGCUCUCUGGGCAGUUUACAGCAGCACGUUAAAAAUGGAGUAUAAAAUACACCAUAUUAAAACAUCAUCAUAAAAAAGCUCACAUACAGAAUUGUAUUAAAUGCAUACAUUUUAUUUUCCAUGGACUUCUGCAUGGAGAAUUAGAGAGAAUGCCCUUCCCUUUGCAGUAAUCCUGAUAAAAAUCCAUUCUCUUGCAAAGCUGGUAUUUCUCCCAGGUAGGAAAUUCAUCAACAUAUAAGCAAUGCCUGUGCAAAGUCUAGAACAGGAGGCCAAUGAGAUUACAUUGCCAGGCAAGCUGAAUUAACAAAUUUCUCUGGAAAACUCAAUACAAUGUUUUCACUUUUAGAGAAUCAAAAAACAUGUUCAAAGUUUACUGUAGACAAAUGUUCCUAACUAUACAACAUUCUUGCAAUUUUAUUGACUGCUUUCUGUAUCAGACCAAGAAGAAUAGUGUUGCAUCAUUUACUGAGGAGAGCCAUAGAUUGGAUAAUGGCAAAAGACUUCCAUUAGAAUUGAUUUAAGAAUAGAAGGCUGGUGAGGUACAUUUUAUAAUGAUGUCACUGUAAGGUCAGUCAUUCAUAUUUAUCACUGGAAAGAUGGAAAGAGUAAACUGGAACUUUAGAUGAAUCUUUUUGGAAGCAAAAGCAGAUAGUCACUGACUGAUUCUUGUAAUUUCUUUGAAGCUGGAGAAUUAAAUUGUAGCAGCUAAUUUGCACUGGCGGGGGGACGGGACUACCAAGAGUCAUAGGCAGUCAAAUAUAAUCCUUACAUGUGCUAGAGCAGGAGCUGGGCAGUAACCAUUUCCAUGUGGAGUAUAAUUCUGUCCCUACUGUUGUAUGAUGUGUGGAAAUAACAAGGGAAGCCCUACAUUAAUAUUUUUUGCUAAGACAAGAGAAACACCCUGUGGAAAAGAUUUUCCUCUACCUGAACAAUGACAGUGAACUAAUUUUAAAUAUGUCAAGCUUAAGUCAUUUUUUGAAAAACACUGAUAUUUUUCACUGCAUUGAGCUUGACAUAUUUAUACUAAUUGCAGAGUAAAUUCAGUCAAAUAUUACCAAGUUUGUAAAGUUUGGUACUUGUUCUUUCGAAGAAACUACCCAAUUCCCUGUUUUACCAAAUGUUUGAAAAAAAUAUCAAAAGGUUCUAUAUUUCCUCACUACCCAUUUGUUCAUGUGCAAGUACAUGUAUGUGUGCCACAGUCAGGGAGCUACUAUGACCAUAUUCAGCAGUUUGUAUAUAGAUGGUGUAACUUUGAUUGUGAGCAGCAGGUGCCUGCUGCAUCAGAUAGCCUCUUGCAUUCUUCUGAGUUUUGAAACUGCUCUGCCAUGCAUUGUGGGGAUUUAUGAUUGAGAAGCAGACAUUCAAACGUUUACUAGGCACACAGACCUGAUCACAGGAUUUCCUGGAUUGUGGCCCAAAUCAAGAAAACUUUAAUAUUUUGCCAGAGUUCUUUGUAUUUUACAAACUGAGCAUUUAUUUCCCAAUAUGGGAGAAUUCUUUGACUUUAGUAGUGCACCAUUAUGAAAUAGGGUCUAAAGAGAAAGUGUGGUCAAGAUAUCCAUGAGGUGUAUUAAAAUCUUUUAAUCAUAUAUUAAAUGUAGAAUGAUGCUGAGAAUGUAUAAUUGACUCUGAAAUUAUAGGAACCUUGCGAAGAGUAUACAUUUUGACUUUGAAUUGGAUCAUAAUACUGGAUACAUCUAUACAAAGAAAAUACAGCUUGAAAUAUUUAUUUCUAUGUGUUAUGUAAAAUACCAAUUUAGUAUGCUUUACAGGAUUUUAUCUAUUGUAAGUUCUAUAUAAAGCAUACCUAUGGAAGUGAGACUUAAGAUUAACACUGGAUACAAACUAUAGUUUGCAUAUUAUAUACAAAAGCAACAUGUCUUCUUUGUUUGCAUAAGUAAUGACAUUGCUCAGAUUUUAACAAAGUAAUUCACAUAGGGUAUUGAAAAAAUGACCUUGUGCUAACUUGGCAAGCAUUUUAUUUUCUUCUUUGUUUACAUUGUUGCCCUAUGAGCCCUGAUUUUCAUAUAAGACUAUACAUCAGAAAGACUGCAUUAUUGGAGCUGGACUAAAUGGGAAGACCUCUCCUAAACAUACUUUUAUAGGUUUUUAAAAACUCAAAUCAUUUGUACUGUACCUGUACUGUUAAGUUUAAAAAUUGUGUAUUCUAAUAUUGAAAUGAAUUGUAUAUAUGAAUCAUUAAAGAAUACUCACAAACA